AGCUGUAGAUUUCUAGGUCAUCGCGAAUACGUAUAAUCAGCCGUAUUCGCAUGCCAACUAUGAAGCUCUGCGAGAACACCUGUUAUCGUUUAUUUUAACUUGAACAUAGUUGUGAAAUUCUUCUUUAUUUUGCGAACACUCACAUUAACGGAAUCGCAAGCUUAUAUAUUAUAUGCGAGCUGCAAAACAAGGGAGAUUUUUUGGCAUUGACAGCACCGAAAAAUACGUAUUAAGCGGUGAUGGAUACGGUGAAAGGAUUUGUCAACGAGACAUUCAAAGAUAAGGAGCCCUGGAAGAUUGUUGCAAUAACAACGGGCUCAGUCUUGAGUGCGGUCUGGCUAUGGAACUUUUUGGAUCAAGACGAGAGUGUCGUAGAGCGAGGAAAAAAAAAGAUAUUUCAAUUACUCAGACGGCUUCCGCUAGUUCGUGAUAAAAUAAAAAACGAAUUGGAUGGGAUGAAGUGCACAUUUGAGAGGGAGUCCUUGAAGAGAGUGAAGGAUAUUGACUUUGUCACCAAACUGCCACUCAAUGGUUUAACUCACGAAGAAAUCCUUGACGCAGUUAAGAGGCUCAUCAAACUGGGUGAAUUUGACUGGCAACAUGGUAGAGUGUCAGGCGCUGUUUACAGACACGACGAAAAACUUAUUAAAUUAAUGUCUGAUGUUUAUGGAAUUGCUUCUUACACGAAUCCGCUACACCCAGACAUAUUUCCCGGUGUUUGUAAGAUGGAGGCCGAAGUUGUAAGAAUUUCAUGUCGACUAUUUCAUGGAGAUGAAGCAUCUUGUGGAACUAUGACAACUGGAGGGACAGAAUCUAUUCUAUUAGCUUGUAAGGCUUACAGGGAUUAUGCAAAAGCAGUUAAGGGAAUCACAAGGCCAGAAAUGGUAGUUCCAUCAACUGCUCACUCUGCUUUUGACAAAGCCGCUCAAUAUUUAAAAAUCAGAGUGCGAACAGUGCCGAUAAAUCCGAACAGCUUCACUGUCAAGAUCAAUGACAUGGAGAGGGCUAUAAAUAAGAAUACAAUUAUGCUUGUUGGAUCGACGCCGAAUUUUCCUUAUGGUACUUUUGACAAUAUUGAGGCGAUCUCAGAGCUCGGCGUCAAGUAUAAUAUUCCAGUGCAUGUUGAUGCAUGCCUGGGUGGAUUCCUGCUCUGUUUUAUGCCUGAUGCUGGCUUCAGUGUACCAACGUUUGACUUCAAGUUGCCAGGAGUGACUAGUAUCUCGGCCGACACUCAUAAGUAUGGAUAUUCACCGAAAGGCUCAUCAGUAAUCCUCUACAGAAAUACAGAAUACAGGCACUAUCAAUUCACUAUAACAACAGACUGGCCAGGCGGUAUUUACGGUUCACCAACUGUCAAUGGUUCACGUACUGGUGGAAUAAUUGCUGCCUGUUGGGCCUCACUCAUGAGCUUUGGAUACAACGGCUACUUGGAGUCAACGAAGAAAAUUAUUGAAACUACGCGAUACAUAGAAAACGAACUGAGGAAAAUUGAUGGUAUCUUCAUCCUUGGUACUCCAGCUACCUCUGUUAUCGCCCUUGGUUCCCAUCAAUUCCACAUUUAUCGACUAUCUGAGGCCCUUAUUACCAAGGGAUGGAAUCUCAAUGUCCUUCAGUUCCCCAGUGCCAUUCACCUUUGCGUUACUCAUGUUCACACUCAGUCCGGUAUUGCGGAUGAAUUUUUGCAGGAUGUCAGAGAUAUUCUCAUAGAGAUUAAGAAGCAUCCUGAAGAUCCCGUCGAAGGAAUGUUCGCGAUGUAUGGCAUGAGUCAGACCAUCGCCGAUCGGGCUGUGGUGGAGGAUUUGACCCGGUGCUUCAUAGAUUCUAUGUACUUCACUCCUCUCAAAGAAAUCGAAGAAGAAAUGAAUUAAAUCUGUUUUAUGCUAUCGUAAAUUUUGAUAACUAUAGUCACUGUAUUGUUUUUAUACUAAUAAAAAUGUUCUCCAUUUUUUUAA